AUGGAUGAAGAACUGAUAGAAAUCAAAGAACUUUUGGAAGAUGCAAAGCUGAUUAAAGUGCCUUCGUAUAAAAAAUGUUUCAAACUUGUACUUCCACAUGUUGUUCUUGUUGCCGUCGUGUGUUUGUACACAGUAAUUGGCGCAUGGGUUUUUUACACUCUCGAAUCACCUUAUGAAGACAUGAUGAAAAAAAUUGGCAUCGAAAGGAUUACUCAGCAACGAGAUGAUUUACUAAAGGCAUUGUGGAUGAAACGUAAAGAAUUGAAAAGAUUUGAAUCUGAUGUGUGGAUUCACUCAACUAACGCAAAACUGCAAGAGUUUAACGAAUGUUUGUAUAAAGCUUUCAAGGAUUAUUAUGUUAGGUAG